AUCCAUAAAAAUCCUAAACUCUGUCUCAUAACUCUGAAUUUACCUUUCAUAACUCUUGUAUUAUUAAAUCAGCUUAUUAUUAGAUUAUUAUAGUAUGGUAACUAAUAAUAAUGUACAUUCGAUUCGGCUUCCUAUAAACUAUAAAAGUGAAAAAAUUAUCAAUGUUUUGGGUUUCAUGUUCUGACGUUUAUUGUUACAUUCCUUUUGUGCACGUGUGCCUUGUAAAUGUUGUAAACAUUUACUAUACAUAUGGAAAUAGCAGAAUAAUAAAAAUGACUGAUGAAACGCAAAGUAAAGUCUUAUCAAUUGUAGCAAACAUUGUAAAUAGCAGGGAAAACAAGGAUGUUACAGAAAAUAGGGAUACACAAGGUAACGAGCCAUCAAAGUCCCAGAAGAAAAAUAAGACAGAAUCUACUAUAAAAGGUCGUCCUAAAUCAGGAAAGUUCUGGAAAUCUAGCAGAGAACGAUUUUCAUCAAUAAAUAAAACAAAAGGCCUCAAACAAGAUUUCGAAAAGAAAACAGCCUUGCGCUUAGAACUCAAAAGAACGAAAGAGUUAUCAAGGCAAGUUAUGGAGCAAUUGAAAGAGAAAGAAGUAAAACGUAAAGAACGAAGACGAGAAAAUCUGAAGAAGGCUGAAGAAAAUAGGCGAAAAGCAGAAGUUGUUCAAGUUAUAACAAAUACAGCAAAACUAAAGCGCAUGAGGAAAAAACAACUGAGAUUUAUCGAAAAGAGGGAUACUAACAAAGAAAUUGAAUCUAAUAAAUAAAUCAUUUGAUUAAU